AAAACUUCUUGCGUGGUGCACACAUCGGUGGCAAUACAGUGUUGUUUGUUUGUCUUGUGUUGUGUUUCUUGAGUGUGUGGGCGUAAUUUUUUUUCGAAUUUUGUUUUUGACACAUGUAAUUGUAAUCUGACGUAACUGACAACAGGCGAAUUCAGUAAAGUGUUUUUCGAAUAUUGGAAUACCUUACACUAAAGUGUUGUAUUCGGUACAUACUGUUGUGAACUUCGAACAGUAAAAAUGAUGACGAUAAGCGAGAGUCAGUUUUCCUCCAAUAAAAUGUCGAGUAUCCACAAGAUAAAUGAUCGAGUGGUCCACAAGGAUGCCUUCGACGACGUCAAAAGCUCCUCCAGUGUGAACAGCACCCUCAUCACGAAGCGUGGUUUCAAACCCUCAGAUAUGUUUGACCCUCAAAAGAAGGAAUUCCUUACGAACCUCAGUUACAAGUUAUUCCCUGUAAGUUGGAAUGAUGCAGAGCCUUCGCAGGAACCUGCAACAUUACCCCCACUGGAGGAACCUCUUGAAGACUUGGAAAAUAAACCAAUUAUUGUAGGUGAUAAGGAAGUGGACCUUAACAAGAUAUUUACUCCAGCGCCGGAUGCAGAGGAGCAUAUCAUAAAGAAAGACCACAAAUUCGAGAAGACCUUCGCAUCAUCAGCGUUCUAUGUGCCUGGUGUGCACCCAACUGUAAAGGAACAAAUGGACCUCGCUCGUGCGAUCUCCAAGUCGCUGUCUGACUCCAGCAACCACAUGUCCAAGGGACAGAGCAUGUAUGUCAACAGGAAGAAGCGCUCCGUCAAGUGGGUGCAUGAAGGACGUGGACGAAACACUUCUAACUCGUCCUCUACGCCGACGCCGGUCGCCAACCAUGACACGCCGUACCGUCCUCCUUCUAGUCUCCGUAACCAAAAAACAUACCCCAAAUCAGCAUUAAAACAUACAUCGAACUUACCAAAAAUGGAACCGUUUCCAGUAUCACCGCCGACAAUUACUCUACAAAACGUCGAAAUUCCAGUGCCUUUAGCUCCAACAAAGUUAAACGAUGUCUAUGCUUCUCCAAAAAGCCCGCGUUUACCGCUCGUCUGUGGUCCCAAUUUCAAUGUGGCCCCGCGAGGAUGGGGCGAAAUGAAAGAUUACUAUAGACCCGUCUCACUAGAUGGCGUUGGACAAACAACAAAAGGAUUCACAGAUUAUUAAACUUUAAGACAUAAUAAAAAGUUUAAGGGUGAUACACAGCACGGUUUUAAAUCAAUCUCUCGGAUUGUCAACAAGAUGUGAUGCGACAGAAGAUAAAUUUGCAACUUAUAUAAUGCACCAAAAACAAUAAAAUCAUUCGAAAUUUAACAGUAAAAAUGGCAGAAGCAAAUAUUUAUUUCGUCAAAAGUUACUUAUUGACUUUGUUUCCUAUUAUUUAAUAUUAAUUAUGCUAAGAUUAAAACGAGGAUCCCUUAGCCAUAAAGUAUAUUUUAGCAUUUAAUUAAGAGUAAAAGUGCGUUAUUUCUCUACUUAAUGAGUUUAAAACAAUUUAGUCGUACAAACGUCAGGGUUUGUGUUUUACGUUACAAUUUUGUAUUUGGUGAAUUUUAUAUAAAAGUGAAAAAUCGAUAAAAAUUUCUAGUGUUCUAGAUUAUGCAAAAAAGUUAUAAAAUAUUGAUUAGACUUAGCUUACUCUAAAUCAAAAUUAAUCACUAAUUGAUAUACCUAAAUCCGUACCCUUGAAACAUACUGAUAAUAAAUGUGAAUACAUAUCAAUCGAUAUCAACAAACCCUGAAAAUAACUACCUAGUCAUAGUUUAUUACAUUUGAGGUUAAUUUUAUAAUUGUUACAAUGUUAAUUGUAUAUUUUAUAUAAUCGUCUAAUAUAAAUUUUUAUUAUGAAUAAUAGAUU